UUUUACCUAAAACACUAUCAUAGUAUCAUACAUCACCAUGACCCAACGAGCCAAUCCUAAGACCGGCUGCCUCACGGCAGUUGUUCGCCGUCUUUUAUGCUCCGGCAGCCAGCAAACCCACCCUUCCGACAACAUCCUUGACUCCGACGAAACACUCCAAUUAUUAAUCCCUUACGAAGAAAUCGAAGAGCCAAAGAAAGAGAUCAAAAUCGAAACCGGAUCCCAAACCGAAAACGACGACGUCUCUCUCCACACUCCUCCUCCUCCCAACGUUGUAGCCAAACUCAUGGGUCUAGAUAACCCCCUACCGGGAUCAAACCGGUUUAGGUACUUUGACGAUUCCGGUUCGGCUGUCACACGGAGCAAAUCGGUUAACUUCAUGGACUACAUACUAAGAGGCCAUGAGGAAGAAGAAGAAGAAGAAGAGGAGGACAAAGACGGUCACCGCCGGUGCCGGAGAGUCAAAGCGUCGGUUUCGUUCCGGGAGAUAGUCCCGACCUCGGCGAGAUGGAGUGCAAACCAACAACAGAAGAAACACGAUUUCUUGCUGUUGUAUCUUGACAAGCUCGACGAGAAGAGGGAACUUGUCGGAUCAUCGUCUUCUUCGAGGUCUAGAAGGUUCGAGAAGGCUGUAGAAGAUUCCAAGAAGCCGCCGUUGCAACCUUCGGAGAAGAAGAAGGAGAACGAGAAAGUGGCGAAGAAGUUUAAAGACGAGCCGAGGAAAGCUGCGAAGAAGAAGAAGAGUGAGAAUCGAAGUGACGUUAACGGAGCUAAGAAAGUUCGUUGGUUUCUCUCUCCGUCUAAGAGUAAGUCGUCCGAGAAGACGGCGCUUCUAGGAGGAGGAGAAUCAAAAGAUAUUCCGGCGGAUGAUUUUACUUGUAAGGAGACGGAGUCGCCGGAGAACAAGUCGAAUGCGAGUCCGGUUUCGGUUCUUGAUCGAGAUCUUUAUGAUUAUCUCAUCCUUGAUGAUGACUACUACUACUCAGGAGAUUCGGAAAGUGCAUCGGAGUUGUCAACAAAGCAAGUAGAGACAACUGCAAAAUCUUCAUGUUCUUCAUCACCAACAAGAACAAGAACAAGUACCAAGAAGGAAAACAACAAUAGCACCAACAGUGAUUCUGAAGAGACAGAGUUCAUCACAAAGCUAAUGAAUAUGCUCUCAGAUCUGUCUGAAGAAGACAUGAAGUCUUCAACUUGGGUUUCUACUUCGUCAACUAAACCCGUUGACUUUACUCAGGUCGAAGAUUUUUGUGUUGAAUUUGGUCAAGAGAUUCUUGAUCUUGUUAUGGACCAGUUGGUUGAUGAACUCUGUACCUAGUUUAAAUUAUAAAU